AUGUGCUGCAUGCCCUCUGCUUUCUUGCGAUCGCCGCAAUCUUUCAUGGACUACAAAAGACUUGUUCUGUCUACAGAUCGCAAAGCCAAGCACGAGCCAAUGCACGUGGUGCCCUGGGGUUUAACAGGCUGCCCGGCCUCGGUCAGCCCGUGGGUGCUGCCGGCGGGCGGGAGCGGGGAGCGCCUGGGCGGCGCCACCCCCAAGCAGUUCUGCGCCGUGCACGGGAGGCCGCUCGUCAGCUACGCCGUGCGGGCCAUGGAGAGGAUAAGUUGGAUAUCUGACAUUAUUGUGGUCGUCUCUCCUGAAAAUAUUGAAACAAUGAAGACUAUCGUUGAGAAAUAUGGUCACAAAAAAGUUACAGUAGUAAAAGGUGGAAUAACACGUCACCGAUCCAUUUUUAAUGGACUGAAAGUGUUUGCAGAGAGUGAGUUUUCCAAAUACCUGCUCCAGAAGCCAGAAGUGGUGGUUAUCCAUGAUGCUGUGAGGCCGUUCGUUGAAGAAGAUAUUCUGUUAGAAGUGGUUAUGGCUGCUAAAGAACAUGGGGCAGCAGGAGCGAUUUGUCCUCUGGUUUCUACCGUUAUUGCUGCCUCUGCUGAUGGCUGUUUAGACCACUCAUUGGAACGGGCCCGGUACAGAGCAAGUGAAAUGCCUCAGGCUUUCUUGUUUGAUGUCAUCUACCAAGCGUACCAGCAGUGUUCUGACUAUGACCUGGAUUAUGGAACUGAAUGUUUGCAUCUCGCGCUGAAGUACUCUAAUGUAAAGGCCAAACUUGUUGAAGGAACAGCUGACCUCUGGAAGGUGACCUACAAGCGGGAUCUGUAUGCAGCUGAAUCGAUYAUUAAGGACAACCUAUCACAACAAAUUUGUGUUAUUACYGAUGUGCAGGAAGAUGCGGUGCAAGUUGGUUUUCUCCUUCAUGAAUCUCUGAAAAGCCAAGUAAAAGUUGAAGUUAUACCCAUAUCUCUAUGCAAAAAUGAUAACCAUCUACAGAACAUGUUUUCAGGAGGGUGCUACAAUUUUAUUUACAUAYAUGAUAAACAGUCAGCAUUUCAAGAAACCCAGCUACUAGUGGAUAUGUUGGAAAAAUCAAAUAUCACUUUCUCAUAUCCGGUUAUGCUUAUUUUGGUGCACUUGAAUAAUUCAGAAGAUAUUUCUUUCAGCACUGGAAUGGAAGAACUAACUAGUAUCAAGAAAUUUGCAAAGGAAGUGAAAAUAAAAAAUAUUUGGGUUUAUGGUCUCCUUAUCCAUUACAAGGACCAUUUGCCACCUCAGGAAGUGGUAAAUUCUGCUGCUGCUCUCAUCAUGGCAUUAAUAAAGGAUAGAAACCCUGAGUUGACUGGUCAACUGUUGGUAGCCUAAGAUCAUAAAUCAUUUGUAGCUUUUGGAAAUGUUUCUUUUCAUCAUGCAUUCACCAAAGGUCUUGAAACAUAUUUUACCCCUUGAUGAAAACCCUGAAUUUAUGACAUUUACUAUUAAGAUCUUUUAACAACAUAUUUUUGAUACUUAAAUGCAAGUCUGAUGUUAUGUAUGUAAGUGUAAAAUGAAGUAUAAACCAUCCUGAGAUACACUGGGUACAUACUUGGAGAAAUAAUACUGAAACAUUUGUUAGAUACUCAUCAUACACGAAAGUGCACAGAGACACCAAAGCACUCGGUCUCUGUGCAGAAUUGACUUAGACACCACUGCAUGUGUUUUCUGCUCUAGGACUGUAUUAGGAGGUUUUCUGUAAGUCAAAAUGAUACUAAAGCACAACUCCUGAUCCUUACAGAAAAGUAUUUUUAAAUUGCUGCUACACCUCUUAGUGACUGCAGUGUUGAGUGUACAGAACAGCCUUUCUGACAUCAGUGUCAACAUGCAUUGCCAGGAGGGACUGUAGACCCAGGUCCCUUCAUAAAAGAGAGGCUAAACUUGCAGCAAAGAAGAGAUGUGUGUAGGGAUAUUGAAAUGCUACAGCCCAAUUCUGUGGUUCAGGGGUGUUCCGAGUGGGGUCUCCUUACUGCUACACCUCUGGUAUCCGGGUACCACCGGUCAGAUUUCACCACUCAAGUGUUAUGUGUAUCCUUGCUGCAUGUGUGUGUAUGCGUGUAUGUGCAUGUGCUUGAUGAGAAAAGACCCCAAAACACCUUCCCAACAUGGCCUGUGGGCCACGGAGAAGUAAGAAGGUUGUAGAGUGCUUUUCUUAUACAGGAUUGCUGUUUUCGUCUCUUGCCUGGUUAGAAUGUAUGGAAGAAAACUGAGUGUUGCAAAUUCAAAUAUGCACUACAUUGAUAUUUAGGUGCUGAAAGCUGAGACAAGAAGGGUUAAAGAAGUGAGUGGUUGUUAUGUUUAGUAUUUCCAGGUAUUAAAACUGCUAAAAGCAAUGCAAGAUUUCUGAAGGCAGGGCAGUCCCUGAAAGCAUCUGUCUUUCCCUGUGCAUCAGAUUCUUGGCAAAUUAUUGCACUCCUGCCGCUUGUGAAGGAGCUGGGUUAAUGCCUUAAGAACCUGCAGUGGUGGGAACAGGGGCUUAAUAAAAUAUUCCCACCAUGUGUGUCCCAUUCUGUCUAUAAAGAUAUAGUAAGCUGUCAGUUUAAGAAGUUUCUCUCUGAAACUAGUUGUACGAUAACUGCCUUGUUCCCUUGAGUACAAUUUCUUAUAUUUAGUAGUUAUACACAAGGGCAUCACACUAGAGCAUUCACCACAUGCUCAUGGGUCUUAGGUGUGGAAUAUAAUUUUAGCCA